CUCGCCUCCCGAUCGGAUUCCCGGGACGAGAAACUGGCCCUGUACCUGGCAGAGGUGGAGAGGCAGGACAAGUACCUGCGGCAGAGGAAUAAGUACCGGUUCCACAUCAUCCCCGACGGCAACUGCCUCUACCGAGCGGUCAGCAAGACCAUGUACGGGCACCAGAGCCUGCACCCGGAGUUGCGGGAGCAGACGGUGCACUACAUCGCCGACCACCUGGACCACUUCAGCCCCCUGAUCGAGGGCGACGUGGGCGAGUUCAUCAUCGCGGCCGCGCAGGACGGGGCCUGGGCCGGGUACCCAGAGCUGCUGGCCAUGGGGCAGAUGCUGAAUGUGAACAUCCACUUAACGACUGGCGGGAGGUUGGAGAGCCCCACCGUGUCCACGAUGAUUCACUACCUGGGCCCGGAGGAUGCCCGACGGCCUAGCAUUUGGCUCAGUUGGCUCAGUAAUGGACAUUACGAUGCCGUGUUUGAUCACUCCUAUCCGAACCCGGAGUAUGACAGCUGGUGCAGACAGACUCAAGUGCAAAGGAAACGCGACGAAGAACUUGCCAAAUCCAUGGCCAUCUCCCUCUCCAAAAUGUAUAUUGAACAAAAUGCAUGCUCUUGAAGUGUCUGAAAACCUCCACCCUGGGAAAGUGCAUUUACAUAAUUUGUGUUUGGAGAAUUAUACGAACUCUCAUCAGGGUAAUAGCACUUUUAAAAUUAAUAGUAGAUGACUGUAGGUGUAAUGCCUUAAGCUUUUUUUUUUUUUUUAAAUUUUGAAUGUUUUCUCAGAGCUGAAGGUUGCUGGGCACCGAAACGAUGUUUCAUGAUAGCUUUGUAUGAUCCUACUGCUAUUUAUAAUUUGCUGUAUAAAGUCAGCACUACUUAAUUUGCAAGCUAAUUUCUCACAGUGUAUAUAUUUGUUCAUUCCUGGUAAAAUAUUUUCUAUAAAAAGGUAUUUUUGCACAAUAUUUUAAAAAAUUGGUGUAACUUCAUCUAUGAUGUUUUGACAGCUUUCCGGCAUAAACCCAGAAAAGUGCUUUAUAGGAAGCUUAUUUGAAUCAAGUUUGUGAUUUAGUAGUUGUUUUAUGUUGAUGAAUUUGAAUUUUACAAUUCUUAGAUACUUUUUCAAAUGGAGAUUGAUACAUUCAUGUUAUCAGAUAAUUGGCCCAUUCCAUUUUGAUGAAACAUUUGUUUUUGAAAUCAUUAUUUUUCUAGAAAUGGUCAACCUUUUAAAGAGAAAUAAUAUGUAAGGGGAGAUUGUGGGAAGAUUUUUUUUUUCUUUGAGAGAUAGUGCCAGCUCUUAACUUGAAUGAAAAUCUGAUAUUUGCUGAUGGCAGAGUGGUUAAUUAUUCUGGUUAAUGUUUAGAGUAGAUUGGUGCUCUCAUUCGUUUUUAUUUAUAUUUGUCAUUUUGUUGUAAAAGAAUUUUAACAUGGUGUAAAACUUUGUGAUAAAGCCUCCUGCUUUAUAUAGCUUCUUGGAUUCAACUGAGAUUUGAAAACGAAUAGGAUGGAUGCCUCGAACCAACCUUUGCAGUUAUUUUAUAGCAGGAGACUAUUGUCUUACUAUUCUAAAUAUUAAGUCCUUUUAAAUUCUUGCAAAAGGAAAAAUAGGAUUGCCCUGUAUUAUGUACAAAUAAAAAUGUCUGUAAACAGAGCUUGUACGGUUUGCUGGGUCAAACAAUGUUCCCAACCUAAAAUCUAUCUCAUUUCCACUUAACUACUGUUAGUCAUAUUUAUUAAGUAACGCAGUUUGUACUUUUUUAUUUUGUAACAUUUUGUGAUUUUUUUGUACAAUACUGUAUUUGUAUAAUAGAGCAAUUCUCAGCUGGGUGGAAUGAAUAAAAUGCAUAGUUUUACUUACA